CUCUCAUUUUAAAUAUCAUAUAAAAUUCGUAAUUUAGAUAUACGAAUUUGUUUGUGUGUAAUGUACAUACACACACAAACUCAUUCGAAGUUCCGUUUCAUCAUCAUAUAGAUAUAUAUAUAUAUACACACACCAUAUGUGUGUAUAAUUUAUAUUAGGUAUUACGUAUAUAUAAUCAACGAGAAGAUAGGGAACAGAGGAAAGCUUAGAAACCCUAGAUUUUUCAAUACAAAGGUCUUCGAACCUCUAGAAGAUCGAUUGGCAACACCGCUUUAGGAGUGAAUAUUUAUCAAAAUUUGUACUGAUAAAUGGGGAAUCGAGGGCAAAAACGUGCUGAAACUGUUGAUGAAUUGCCAGCUGAUAAGAGAGCAUGUAGUUCAUUGGACUUCAGACCAAGCACAUCGACUUCAUCUGUUCAAACCCCAAUAAACUCCACAAAUUCGACACUUGAAGCGCACGAUGGUGACAUGGAUACAGCUUGGUCUGCCUCGGGAUCAAGCCGAUCAGAGGGCGAAGCUGAAAAGGAUUCUGCAUAUGGAUCUUGUGAUUCUGAUGAGUUGGGUGAUGCAGAACAGAGGCAGAACAGGCUCCACAACUAUCAGAGGGGGCGAACUUCAAGUGAUCAUGAGAAAUUCCAGAGGGUUUUGUCAAGUUUGGGUGAAGAGGUUGAUCAAUCUGCGAUAUUAGCUGCUCUAACUGAGCUAUGUGAAUUGUUAUCGUUUUGUACUGACAGUUCACUGUCAAGCUUAAUGGCAGACUCAUUCUCUCCAAUUCUUGUAAAGUUGGCAAGUCAGGAUAACAACCCUGAUGUAAUGCUUUUAGCUAUCAGGGCUAUAACUUAUCUAUGUGAUGUGCAUCCUCGAUCCUCAGGUUUCCUUAUUCGACACAAUGCUGUUACUGCUCUUUGUCAAAGAUUAAUGGCCAUAGAGUACCUGGAUGUAGCUGAACAAUGUUUGCAAGCGUUGGAGAAAAUCUCACGAGAGCAACCACUUGCCUGCUUACAGUCGGGGGCAAUUAUGGCUGUUCUGAAUUACAUUGAUUUUUUCUCAACAAGCUUGCAGAGAGUUGCACUUUCAACUGUGGUCAACAUAUGUAAGAAACUUCCUUCUGAAUCUCCUGCACCUUUCAUGGAGGCGGUUCCAACAUUGUGCAAUUUUCUUCAGUACGAAGAUAGACAGCUUGUUGAGAAAGUAGCCACUUGCUUGAUAAAAAUAACGGAGAGAGUGCACUACUCAUCUGACAUGCUGGAUGAACUUUGUAAACAUGGGCUGAUUCAUCAAGUCAUGCAUCUCAUAAACUCGAAUAAUCACACCACUCUUUGCCAAACAAUUUACACUGGUUUGAUUGGGCUACUUGUCAUACUUGCUUCUGGAUCAAUUGUAGCUGUCAGGACUCUUUUUGAGCAAAAUAUAAGCAGCAUAUUAAAGGACAUUUUGUCUACUUACUAUAUCGCACAUGGAAUGCCGCCUUCAAAUAUGGUUGAUGGACAUUGCAAUCAGGUGCAUGAAGUCUUGAAGUUACUCAAUGAGCUUCUCCCUGCUAUAACAAGAGGUCAAGAUCAAUUGGCCUUGGAUAAGGAAGCUUUUCUAGUAAAUCGGGCUGAUCUUCUUCAGAAGUUUGGGAUGGAUAUACUUCCUGUGGCAAUCGAGGUGGUUAAUUCUGGUGCAAAUUUAUAUAUUUGUUAUGGCUGUCUUUCUGUUAUCAACAAGUUUGUUUAUUUCAGCAAAUCUGACAUGCUUCUUGAAUUGCUCAAGAAAACCAACAUUGCAAGUUUCUUGGCUGGAGUAUUCACUCGAAAGGAUCACCAUGUGCUAAUAUUAGCUCUACAGAUUGCUGAUACCGUUCUGCAAAAGCUUUCUGACAUAUUCUUGAAUUCCUUUAGAAAGGAGGGUGUCUUUUUUGCUGUUGAUACACUUCUAACGCCUGCGAAGUGUUCACAGAUUAUGUUUCCCGUGUUUAGUGGCACAGAGCUGUCAAGUGAUCCUAGUCAAAAAUUUGCUGCAAGGGAUGUCCUGAGAUGCUUAUGUUUUGCAUUUGAUACUGGUCAGUGUCCAUCAUCUUCAGUAACUGGGACUUGCAAGCUUGAAAAAGAUUCUGUUCGUAAUCUUGCAGAGCGCAUAAAGACCAACUACUUAACUACAGAACUAUUAAACUCUGAGUUAGGAUUAACUGAUGUUCUUCAGAAGCUCAAAACUUUAGCAGCUGCAUUAUCAGAUCUGAUGAACAUGUCCAUGAGUAAUGUGGCUUUUACUCAGCCUGAAGAAGAUUUUUAUCGUGUAUUGCAUCAAAUUUUGGAACAGCUUAAUGGAAUAGAUCCUAUUUCCACUUUUGAAUUUAUUGAAAGUGGAAUUGUGAAAUCAUUAGUAAAUUUCCUAUCUAAUGGCCAUUAUCUUAGAGAAAAGGCGGAACUUACUGGUGCAUUUAGUCACCACUAUGCUGUUGAGAAAAGAUUUGAGGUGUUUGGAAGAUUGCUUUUAUCUUCUUCAUACCUGUCCUUGGAGGACUUUCCUUUAUCAGUAUUAAUUCAGAAAUUGCAAAGUGCACUAUCUUCUGUUGAAAAUUUUCCUGUUAUUUUGAGUAAUGGAUCCAAGCACAAGAGCUCAUAUGCUACAGUGCCAUAUGGUCAAAGCUUGAUGUAUCCUUGUCUAAAAGUUCAGUUUGUGAAGGGAGAGGGGGAGACAUGCCUUUCUGACCACUCUGAAGAUGUUCUCACUGUCGAUCCUUUUUCUUCAUUGGGUGCUAUUGAAGGAUAUUUGUGGCCCAAAGUGAGCACAAACAAAAUUGGGAGCAUAAAAUCAGCUAAUCGAGCUUUGAGCAGAAUGGGAAGUCCAUCUUCUCAAUUACCACCACGUGCAGGCUCUCAGCAAAAUGGAUGUCUAAAUAAUAUGGUGUCUGAGAGGUUGUCCUCUGAUUUGCCGGAGUUGCAGGAGAUCCAGCCUAACUUAUCACAUUUUGCAUCUGAAGAAGCAGCCAAUAUAGGGCUGACAACUAGUGAAACAACAGGCAUAAGAGACACUCAUAUUGAUCAUGUGGAGGAAAUACAUCAUACUUCUUUAGAAGUUGAUACUAGCAUUGGGACAGAUAAUGUUGAAGAUACUAGCAUUGGGACAGAUAAUGUUGAAUCCAGUAGCGACGUGGAUGCUUCACCAAAAUUGCUAUUUUACCUAGAAGGACAACUGCUGGACUCAAAGUUGACACUAUAUCAAGCUGUUCUCAUGCAAAAAAUCAAAUCAGGGCAUGAAUUUAUCAGCAGCGCAAAAUUGUGGAGUCAAGUGUACAGAAUAACAUAUAGAAGAGCUGUGAAACCUAAACAAAGUUGUCCUCGAGAUUGUCAGGCUCAUGAUUCUGUUCUGGACAAGGUUGGGACAUAUUGCCUGUACGCUCCAUUAUUCUCUGGCUUGUUUUUCUCUGAACUAGCUUUUGACGUGGAAAAGUCAAGUGCUACUUAUGAUAUAUUAUUCCUGCUGAAAAGUUUGGAAGCUAUGAAUAGGUUCAGGUUUCAUCUGAUGUCUCGUGAAAGAACUAAUGCUUUUGCCGAAGGGAAAAUCGAUAAUUUGGAUAAUUUGAAGGUAGAAGUUUCUGCUGCCUUGCCGACAGACUUUGUGAGCAGUAAAUUGACAGAGAAACUAGAACAGCAGAUGCGAGACCCCUUCGCUGUGUCUGUUGGUGGUAUGCCAUCGUGGUGUAGCCAAUUAAUGGUUUUGUGCCCAUUUUUAUUUGGUUUUGAGGCAAAACGUAAAUACUUCCGGUUGUCAGCAUUUUGUCAGCCACAAGUUCAAUCACAUCCAUCGUCUCCUAAUCAUAUAGGGGGUCCAUAUGGCAGCCGGCAAAACACUGGCAGCAGGCCUCGUAAAAAGUUUUUAGUGUGCCGAAAUCGCAUUCUGGAGUAUGCCACCCAGAUGAUGGACCUCCAUGCCCGUCAACAUGUUGUCCUUGAUGUGGAAUAUAACGAAGAAGUUGGUACUGGUCUCGGUCCGACAUUGGAAUUUUAUACACUGGUCAGUCAUGAGUUUCAGAAAUCGGGCUUGGGCAUGUGGAGAGAAGACAAUAUGUUAUUUACACCUGUAAAAAGCUUACAGGUGGAGGAUUCAGGAACCGUGGUGUCUCCUUUUGGAUUAUUUCCUUGCCCGUGGUCAUCUGCAGCAAGUAGUACAUCAAGUGGCAUAGAGUUUUCUGAAGUUAUUAAAAAGUUUGUCCUUCUGGGACAGGUCGUUGCAAAGUCUCUUCAAGAUGGAAGAGUUUUGGAUCUCCCCUUCUCCAAAGCUUUUUACAAACUUAUACUUGGGCAGGAACUUACAGUGUAUGACAUCCACACAUUUGAUCCUGGGUUUGGUAGGACUCUGCUAGAGUUCCAGGCUCUUGUUGAAAGAAAAAGACAUCUGGAAUCUGUUUGCGGAGAAAACUCGACAUUCAAACUUGAUUCAUGCUUUCGGAAUACUAGAAUUGAGGAUCUUUGCCUUGAGUUUAUUCUUCCUGGAUAUCCUUACUAUGUUCUCACUUGUGGACCUGAUUCCAGAAUGGUUAAUAUUGCUAACUUGGAGGAAUAUGUAUCACUCAUUGUGGAUGCAACUAUCAAUGCUGGAAUUUCUAGACAAGUGGAAGCUUUCAAAUCGGGGUUUAAUCAGGUUUUUCCAAUCAAGCAUCUUCAGGUUUUCACUGAGGAGGAAUUAGAGCAUUUACUAUGUGGAGAAUGUGAACUUUGGACUCAGUCGAAUGACCUAUUGGAUCACAUCAAGUUUGAUCAUGGAUACACUGCCAGCAGUCCACCCAUUAUCAAUCUACUGGAAAUUAUACAAGAGUUCAAUCGCGAACAGCAACGAGCAUUCCUGCAGUUUGUGACUGGGGCACCUCGGCUUCCUCCUGGUGGUUUGGCAUCUCUCAAUCCAAAACUAACAAUUGUCAGAAAGCAUUGUAGCAGAUGUCCAGAUGCUGACCUGCCCAGUGUGAUGACUUGUGCCAAUUAUUUGAAGCUGCCUCCUUACUCUUCAAAGGAGAGGAUGAAAGAGAAGCUCUUAUUUGCCAUAACCGAAGGACAAGGAUCGUUCCAUCUUUCGUAGCUUACGAUAUUUCAACCAAACACGUACACGAACUGUAAAUUUGUAAUUAUCAGAUUAGGGUGGUGCUGAUGUAGAUAUUUUGACCGUCUCUGUCGGCAGUCGCGGUGGUGAUGGUUGAAGGAGGAGCUGAUUGCUGUGAUCAAAAUGAAGGACGAGCUGAUUGCUGUGAACAAAAGGAAGCUCUUCUCUUCUCGGUGCGGACUAGGGGUAAAUAAGAUUGGUAUAUAUUUAGUAGUUGUUUUAGCUUCUUGAGGGAACUGUACAGAAAAAGAUUGGUCAUUUUUAUAUAGAUUAGCUCCCUGCUAAAUAUUUAUUAUGCACAAAAUGUACAGGUUUUAGAUAAUUAUAUAUUUACAUCUUUUUGGCUGCAA